UGGGAAUUGAACUCAGGAUCUCUGGAAGAGCAGUUGGUGCUCUUAAUUGUUGAGCCAUCUCGCAAGUCUAGAUAUGCAGUUCUCCUUUAUGUUCUUUUAGGAACCAGACUUUUACUCAUGCCAAAUAAGCUCUAGUCUUGAACGUGGUGGUGAGUGUUUGCCAUCCAGGACAGUUACUUGGGUAUUGAUUUCCAUACAGUGGGCUCUGCAGGAAUUGAGGCAUCCUUGUCCCCAAGGUUCCCUGGUUGGAUAAGGGAUGCUGUACUUGUAUUUUAGGGGAGUGGUUGGGCUUUGGAAUUCUUCUUAGAGGAGAGAUUCUUCUUGGUGCCUUGUUCUUUUUUGUUUUUUUUUUUUGUUUUUUUUUUUUUUUUUUUUUUAAAGAUUUAUUUAUUUAUUAUAUGUAAGUACACUGUAGUUGUCUGCAGACACGCCAGAAGAGGGAGUCAGAUCUUGUUACAGAUGGUUGUGAGCCACCAUGUGGUUGCUGGGAUUUGAACUCCGGACCUUCGGAAGAGCAGUCGGGUGCUCUUACCCACUGAGCCAUCUCACCAGCCCUGGUGCCUUGUUCUUUAAAAGGCUAAACAGAUCAGUCUGUGCUCAUGUAGUGAUAGACAGUUGUACAGUCACGUUCGGAUGAGUUCUAAUUACAGUUUCCAGACCAAAAGCCUUUGUUCUCAGAUGGAGGGGUUCUGCUUAAGGUAACCACCCAUUCUGUAUCCCACCAGGCUGCAGAGCGAGUGGAACAGGCCUUCCAACGUGUUUCCCUAGCUCCUGGUUUUGUGUUUCCAGCCUGCUAAUUUUGCAUACUUGUGAUUAGUUUGUUCAACUCUGGGAUUUGAACUUGGGUGCUUUCUGUUUGAUGGAUGGGCUUGACACACAGAUUGAAGCCACACAGCAAGGUGAGCAGUCUGGGUCUACUUUUGCCUCAACAUCUCCAGGUUCUUUCCAAACACUUUCAUGCUGCCCAGCAGUCUACACUUGAUGCUGAUAGUCCCCAUGAGGUGGAUGCCCUCUGUGUGGUCCCCCCUCCCCCACCUGCUGUGUGCUUACCAGACACCUGAUUGAAAUGCCUGAGUGGGAGCGGGCGUGGUGGCGCAUGCCUUUAAUCCCAGCACUCGGGAGGCAGAGGCAGGCGGAUUUCUGAGUUCGAGGCCAGCCUGGUCUACAAAGUGAGUGCCAGGACAGCCAGGGCUACACAGAGAAACCCUGUCUCGAAAAAAAAAAGGAUAGAAGGCCUCAAACUCCGGUGUUUGUGUGCAAACACACAUCAGAUAUCUAAUCUCUGAGAGAGGGUCCCUUAUUGAACUCGGAGCUCACCAACUGAGCUACAACCCUGGGAUUCACCCUAUCUCCCUCCCUUGUGUGCCCCUUCCCCCAGCAUCACGAUCGUGGAUAGACACCUGUUUUUAAGUCUGUGCCAGGGUUUGAACUCAGAUAGAUUCCCCAUGCUCUGCUGACUGAGAGCAUGACCCCUAGUCCUGUAUCUCAAACUCCUUGCUGCUUCAGCAAGGCAGCAAGGCAGCAAGGCAAGCCAGCUCAGAGCCAAGUUCAUGAACACAGACCACGAGGGAGACCCUUUGCAGUGAGUCGUUCCUUACAUAUUUUUCUCAAUGGCAUCCAUACUCUGGCAAUAAGAGUUUUUUGUUUCUUGUUUGUUUGUCUGUUUUGUUUUAUACCAUACCAUUAGAAUUUUGAGAGUGUCUGCUUGAUUUGUGUUUAUGAAACUAAAUUCAUUAGAAUGUGAAAAUAACCCUCAGCGGUUUUCUAACUUGGAAGCUUAUUUUUGAUAUUUUUGAACAUCCAUUCUCACUUGAAUGUCAUGUUUUAGUGGCUUUUUUUUUUCCCCCUCCAAGAGUUGAUAGAAUAUUCUUCUAUACAGAAGUGCUUGGUGAGUCUGGAUGUGACUCGGAGCUUGGCAUGGUUGCUUGGAGUUUGUGUGGCAGAAGGCAAUUGUGGAGAACUUAACCUGCUCCAGGCAACCGGUUCAGAGACUGGCCAGAAACUCCUUCCCCAUUCUGCCAGUGGAGUGAUAGACAAGUCUAAUACUGGGGAGCUCCAGGGUUUUUUUUUAUCCGAAGUGGAGAUGCCUGUGUUUCUAACCUUACUGGUUAGAGUAAGGUACUUCAGUGCGUACUCGAUUUCACUGGUUGGUAACAUUUUAACAUCUCUGUAAUCGUGGUUAUUAAAUCAAUCCACGCCAUAUCUUGACAGCUGUUUUUCCUCGCUUGUGGUUUAUAAAGUCAUUCUGGUCUAAGUUUUACUUUAUGGUGCCAGAGACUGAACCUGGAGCUUCUCAUAUACUACACAGUUUGCUCUUCUAUUUGAAGAUAGGGCCACAACAACUAAGUUUGUAAUCCUCCUGUCUCAGUCUCCUGCCCAGCUCCCUGCUAUCUCUGGACUACAUACACUGCAUGGAUGGUCAUCUCCCUCUGCCUCCCAGGCCCUCUAGCUUCCCCCAAGAGUCUGUUGGCUUGGCUUCGGCCUGUGGAAGAGCCUGAUUCCAAUACACAUCUGUUUGUAAUCAAGUGAGUUAGAGAAAUCAGGUUGUUUUUUUUUUUUUUUCCGUUCUGGACAGGAGGCUAAAUUUCUUCCCUAAGAUUUCAGGAUGCAUCCCUCCAAAACUGAGAAUCCUCUACCAGGUGGUUUCAGGAUCUUCCCUGAUGCAAGAGCGAUGGCUAGUAUUGCAUCAAGGGUCACCGCAGUUGAGUCUUUUAUCGAAGUAUGUGCUUUUAUCGCAGUGUCCUGCCAUCUGGCAAUGAAAAUGGAGUGGAUGCCGCCUCAACCUUUUAGAGUGUCUGCACUGUAUUUUAACUGGGAAGUUACAUGCAUUUUCUCUACUUAAUACUUUAAAAAGCCUCUUGGGUACUGAGAGAGGCUUGUAAGUACAGCUGCCUGUGACCUACUCUGGAACGGGAACUUCGCAUUGAGAAAUCCCACUUUAUUUAAUGGCAGCCUUGUUAGAAUCAUGUGUUGUUUAGCAGUGUCCUUCCAAAGGGACCUGACAAGCUGUUGAGCCAAAAAAAAAAAAAAAAGGCUGUACUACCCUGACAAGGCUUGGAAUGAGAGAGUCAAAUGCCCUGUGGGCUGCUGGCCUUAAUGAGCCUCGAAGCCAUGGGGAAACCUGGGAGUCGUUACCCUUGUAUUCUGAUCCUUUCUCUGGGAUGAGAUCAUAAGUUGUUUGUUUGUUUGUUUGUUUGUUUUAAUGUAUUAUGUAUAUAUGGGUGUGUGUGUGAAGUGUGUGUAUGUGUGUACACAUGGGUGAAGCAGAGUGUGUGUCGCUGCUUUCUACAAGAGCUUGCUGAUUGAGCUGGAUAGCCAGUUGUCUUGGGGAAUCUCAUCUCUGCCUCCCAUCUCUCCAGCACUGGGACUCUAGGCAGGCCGCCAUACUCAUUGUGCCAUCUCCCCAGGCCAGGAACCUUGAGCUUUAUUGGCCUGAAUUUGUAUGGUCUUCAGUAUGUGAGCAGGAGCUUUAAAAGUCACAGGUCCGUGGGUCUGUCUGUUCAUCAUGGAGUGCUGCUGGUCCUAAGGCUUCGUUCGGUCCUUGGUGGUUCAUUCCCAAGACAGACCCUGAACUGAUGGAGUGGAAGGUUUCCCUAAUGAGCUACUGCGAUUUCCUUAGCAGAUCAGCUUGAUUCUGGUUUGAUCUUUGGCUACGAGUGUCAGUCAACAGCGAGCGCAGAUCAGCCAUCGGAGCCUCUCCAGCCAGCACUGCGCACUCUCCCUCUGCUCCCUGCUCUUCCUUGGUCUUGGCCACAUCACUGGGCUGCCUUUCAGACCUCAGCUUCACCUAGAAUAUCUCAGCAUCAUGUCAUGUAGAGGAUGUAUUGCUGGGCUGCAAUGGGGAUUGGCUGGAAAAGAGCGGCCAUAUGACCUAUGUUGGCUGUCACUGUGCCAUUGAUGAAUUCUGACAUGUACACCCUAUCGAGAUAAUAGAGAACUUAACAGGUCCAUCUAGAAAGUUUCUUGCUGGCCUUGUGUGGUGUGGCCCGUGUCCUUUACCACCUCCAUGUUUACCACAGGCAGCCAAUAGGUAUUUUGUUUAUUUGUUUGGUUGGCUGGUUGGUUGGUAUAGUUGAUCCCCCCGCCCCCCGCCCCCAACAAGUCUUACUUAUUCUAGAAUUUUCCAUAUAAUACUUCAUCUGUGUGUUAUAUGUAACACACACACACACCACACCACACAGUAUGAUGUAUGUUGGCACCGUGUAUACUCAUUUUGCCUGAAGCUCUUUUACCUUUAAUCGAUAGACCUUUUCAAGUUGUAAAACAUGUGGUGGCACAUGUCUGUAAUUAUAGUAGCUUGGAUGCCGUGGUAGGUGGGAUCACUAUGUAGUCACAGGCUAAGCUAUGAUACCAGGACCCUGUCUCAAAAAACAAAUGAAAAAAAAAAAAAAAAACAGGUGUUUUGUAAGCCACUUAAUGAACUCUGGCUUUCUGCUUGGCUGGAUUUGGGGAUCAAGUCCAGGAUUCUGCCCUUAUCAAGAUGGUUUGCACUCUUUUUCUGUUGGAAGUGAGGUGUGGAGUCCCUAGGUGAGGGCACUCACCUUUCUGCUUACUCAACAUGAUUGGUUCUUCAGCUCUCUCUCUCUCUCUCUUUUUUUCCUGCUGCCUCUUCCCAUCAAAAUGCUAGGCUCCCAAAAAGUGCAGCCUGAGGCAGCAGGAGGGUCUGUAUGGGGCUGUUAGUUUCUGAGGGACGGUUUUGUAGAGUUGCAGGAUGUCCUUGAAUGGAUUCCAUCUUACUGAUUUGUGGCCUCCUUCCACCAACCACCUUGAGGACUUACCACUGGAUGCUAGGUGGCUGUGCUCAGGCCUGUGGUCUCCAAACUAAGGAGGUAUUCUGAUGUAUAUAUUCUGUGAUAUAUUCUGAUAUGAAUGUCACCUGUUCCCUGUGCCACUCCCCCUAGCAUUGCCACCGGGCUUAUGUCGGGAUGGUGGCAGUGAGGUCCUUUGUCACCAGGAACUUAUCUAGGUUUGCAUUUUUUGCAAUUUUUGGCUCAUGUCUGAGACCUCUUUAAAAAGAAGCACAGUAUUGAAGGAAGGGGUGUGGUGAGGAGCCCUGUCUAGGGUCAUUUGAUUCCAAGUAGGAUUUGAAAACUAUAACUAGUUCAGUUGAUGUUUCCAUUUUGUUCCAAAGAGCUAGGUGUCCGAGCUGUUGCUACCUGGGAGGGAAUUGAGGCCUGGUGCGACGGCCCAGUCUUAACAGCAGGUUAUAGCAUGCAUUGCUGGCUUGAGGAAAAAGGUCAGAUUUCUGCAUUCCAAAUGCAGCUUCCAUUGAAUGUGCGCCACGCAUGCCAUGGUAAGGUCAAACCAGCAUAAGAGCAUAUGCUUAUUUGCUAUGUGUGGAUAUUAGAUACAUCUGACCCAGGGGCUGAGAGCAAGGCCCAGUAUUGGAAUGCUGGUACCUGGGAGAGGAGGUGGUAACGAAUGCAGCAUCCUUUCUAGGGAAGUAUGAAGGGUGAGGCUUGAGGAUGGGGUUGAUGGGCCUGGCCCCGCCCUGCCCCGCCCUGCCCUGCAUCCCGGCUCAUCCUCAGCUCUCUGUGCAGUUGUGGAUGCACCAAAUGCCAGAUUUCAGAAUGGUGUUAGCAAGUUCUAGUCCUCUGCACCGGGAGGGCCUUGCCACCCUGGAAAGGAAAUCUGCCAGAAUUCUAAAGAGAACAGGUCCUUGGACUCUCUCGCUGGAUUUCUUCAAGCCUCAGUGACUGGAAUCGGCUAUCGCUGUAGUAAGAAUUUUGGUGGUAGUUGCUCCUGCUCUUUCCUGCCUCCUUGCCCUCCCUCCUGCUUUGACCUUCAUUCACAACUUUUUGUAGUUUUAGGUGAGUCUUAUUAUGUAGUCCAUACCAAUCCUCUUGUCUUGCCUCAGUCUCCCCCCUGAGCCACUACUUACUGACAGCCAGAUCCUGUGGUGAUGGCUUGGAGCUUGUAAGUGCUUAGUUCCCAUUCAGGAUUGAUGAGUGACAUUCUCCCUUGGCUGUACCUGAGCACCACAGAGAAGUGUGCUCCGCCCCCUUCACACUCCUCUACAUGAUUGGCUGUCUUGAAGUUUCCCAGUCCUACUGGCUCCACCUUAGUGCUGCAGCUAUCUGCCUCUUGGUGGGGGAAUGGGUGGAUUCCUUGUGUUAUUUCAGAUACUCUGCCCCAAUAGUUCACGUCAUCUUGGACAUUCGGUUGCUCAAUUCACGCUCUUCCUUAAAGCUUGGAUGAAACACUAAGGGAUGGGAGUGGCUGAACUGCGUGGUUCCCACCAGUCUUUCAUUUUAUCGCCAAACUCUUAUCUUUCCCUUUCCUCUCUUGUGGCCCAAGCUAAUUAGGAUGUUGGUCCUUGCUGUGAUAUAUGCUGCACGCUUUGUAUGUGACAUGCUUGUCACCUGUGUUUAACUAACUUGAAGUCAUCUGAUCUGUUUUUACCCCCUGAGCACUUACUGUGAGCCAGGUGCUAUGCUAGAGUUGCAGCGGGACUGUUGCUGUUUAUGGAAAUGUCUCUUCCUAUCCCAGGUUAGAGAGAUGGAACAGUGGGCUCUUUUGAGUUCCCCAAACGCUUGAUGCCGACAAGAGGAAGAAGGCUGGGACAUAAGGAUUAUUUGUCUCUAAGCAUUUUAGAGAAAAAAGAUAUAGCUGUGCUGGGUUUAAAUAUAGCAGUGUUUGCUACCGGGAUGGUGAAUAAGCAAUUGAAUAUGUAGGUCAUUGACUUAUGAGAAUGAGCUGGGAGUUUUUCUUGCAUUUGAUUAACACUGUCUUACAAUGGGCCAUCAACGCUAUGCCAAAAGUGGGUUACACAGAGUUCAGUGAGGCAUCUGGAUUGGGCAUGAGCCAGAUUCAGCAGAGGACACCUUUGCCCUCAUAAGGUAUGAGGAGUGGGUUUGGUGUCCAGCCCUGUGGUGUGCAGUCAACUGCUGUCGCACUUACUGGCUCUUCCCCGAACCGAGAGAGCUGUCCUGGGGAGGGACACCUCUGCGGGGCUUCCAAGCACAUCUACCAUAGAAGCCCAUCCACUCAGAGAGAGGGGGAAAGGGCGCUACUUAAGUCGGGAUAAAUGCCAGCGGUGUAUUUUAAUACAGUCUUGAUUCAGAGCGCACUGUUUGGAAUUGCAUAUUUAAAAGGAAACUGCCAUCUCCUUUUGAAGGUAUGUGACAUUUAAAAGAUCUGUAGCAGAAGAUUGGUUUGACAGCUUCGAAUUAUAUUUGAAAGAGUUUUUCUUGUUUAAAAAAAAAGAAAAUGAUUACUUCUAUUUUAAAUGUCAUCACAAAGACAUAAACAUGUUUAAUCAAAUUAUAUAUUUAAUUUAUGUAGAAUGUAAUUUUUAUUCAUGUGGAAGAUUCAUGGGUGGUCCCUUCCCCCCCCCCCCCCCCACGAGAAGCAGCUUUGGAGCCAAGUGAUGCUGGUGUUUGAAAAUGGCUCACUUCUUCAAGAAAACGGCCAUUUAAGGUUUCAUAAAAAUCUAGGGGUGGGGGAGCAGUAUUAGCAUUGAAAUCUUUUUUUUCACCCGCACACUGUACGUCACUGAGCAUUUUGGGGGGAGAGGUAUUUUUUCAUGAUUGUUGCCUGGUGAUAGUAAGGAUAAACUCUGGGGUGAAUUGAGAAAAGUGCAAGCCCGGAGACAAUGAAGGCGGAAAUAGCAAGGACGCUCCUGUAAUUUUCUUCUUUUGGAGUCUUUGAAUCAGCAGGGAGUUACUGUGAGUGCUAGCCGCAGAGCCAGCACUCCACUCCUUAAAAGGGAGGGUGUGGGAGGACAGACCCAGUGCUAGGAAAAGACCUUUUGCCUGAUGUAAAAGGCUGGCACAGAGGCUGAGGCAGGCCACCGACUGGGUCCCAGAGCUUCCUGAGGAACAGGGGCAUAACCGUGGGUCUGCUCUGGGCCAGGCAGCUCGGCCGACCCUGGCGAUCUGUUGGAACACUCCAGUUCCAGAACUGUUUUUGAGUGAGCUGGGCAUUGGAAGCCAGCCAGCCCAGUGUGUAUACACAUGGUGGCUGGGACCGUUGUAGCCUGUUUCCAGCCUGCUGUCUGUAGUUUCGAUUCACCCAGGCUGGAUCAGGGAGUUCUGAUCCCAAGCUGCCCACUUUCCCAGCUGCCCCAGGGCUCUUUUUUUUUUUCUCUCUCACCCUAGGCCCCAGAUCAGAAGCCUUCUGUCAGAUGUGGCUUGGGGAUAACUGGGAUUGUAGCAUCUGGAAGAAAACAAGCCAGACAGAAUUUCUUAGAACUACGGGCUCCAGUGGAAGGUCAGAGUUCAGGGAGCGGUGUGUUCUUAUGGGCUAGGUGCCAGAAGGCAGGGACCCGAGACCAGUGCCUGUUCUUGCCAACAGGACCCGGCCUUUUCUCCUGUGUCUGCCUCUCAUUUGAACCAUCAGAGAAGUGGGAUUACCCUUCAUGUUACCUCUCUGACUUUAUUUACUUGGCUUCUGGGAAUGGAAACUUAGGUCCUUACAUAUGGGAGGCAGCUUUUUUUUUUUUUUUUUACCCACUGAACCACUUCUCCAACCUCUUAUCUUGCUAGAUGCACAUAGAGAUGUAGCAGAAGUAAUAGAUGCAGUGAGAUGUCAAAUGACUUCCUCCCUCUUCUCUCUCCCCAUCAGUAACAGUAAGUAACAUUGGCUGGAUGUAGGCAUCAAGAUGAUCCUCAGUGGGGCAUUCAUGCAGCCUUGCGUGCAUGCUAUCAGUCUAAGGAAACCUGGACAUCUUCAAGGGCCCUGCACACCAUGUCCCAUUUCUCAGGUGCCCAGUGGGGCUUGUGUCACCAUGAUUUGGUUAAGAAAAGCCCAUAGCUUUGUCAGUUUUCUUCCUUGUAUUGUGUAGAGCAGAGUAACUAGUAAGAAACAGAUCCUGUCCAAAGGACUAAUAGAUGUCAACAUUGUUAGCAGCAGUUAUGUCCUGAGACUAGCAAGGGGUGUUCACUUGAUGCACAUGUCCAGCAGGGUCUGUGUGGGCCUGCUUUUUCAAGUAGAAGCUCCACAGCCCUCUGGCUGUGACACAUUUCAGCGAGAACUGUAAAAACUGCAAGUUCUGGGAACCUUAAUUCCACAUAAAAUAUUUGAGUGCUGUUUGGUUUUUUUGUUUUGUUUUUGUUUUGAGACAGGGUUUCUCUCUAUAGCCCAGGCUGUCCUGGUACUCAUUUGUAGACCAGGCUAGCCUCGAACUCAGAAAUCCGCCUGCCUCUGCCUCCCGAGUGCUGGGAUUAAAGGCAUGCGCCACCACCACCCCUCUUGCUUGUUUGAUUUUUGAGACCCUAUAUAUGAAUUGUUAAGGCUACCCCUGAACUUGCUGUUUGUUUAGCUCAGGCUGGUCUUUUUUUCGAUCUCUGUAGCCCUCUCUCUACGCCUCCCAAGUGUUUGGAUUGCAGGAGUGUAUCACCAUACCUGGCUCAAGCUGGUUUUAAGACAUAUAUGCCUUGCCACAUUGUAUGAAGGGGGAUACCAUUUAGCAUUUACAAAUUACUGUCCUCAUGGAUGCAACGUUCCAAGGCUGUCUCUCUCUCCCUGUCUCAGAGAUAAUUGGCCACUUUAAUUCUGACUUCUGAAUUGGGAUUCCCUGGAGGGGACAGGUAUCAUUUUGUAGUAGCUUGAACUCUGAAGGACACUCCACUUUCAUAUACCUACUUGUACUGUAGCUAUUUUAAGGACUCACGCCCCAAGUCAGGGUCUGGGUGGCUGGAAAACCAGACAGAAGUAGCCUAGGGAGCACCCUGCUUCUGUCCCCAGCUUCAGCUCUGUCCCCGUUGUCCUGGGAACUUGCAGUGUUUUCUUGAUGUCAGGAAACACAUGCUCCGAGCAGAACAUGGCCACAUACAGGGCAGUGGGAAGAAAGCGAACAAAUAACUGUUCCAUUAUAUAUUUUAGGGAAUCACUUUCAACUGUAGCAUGAAGAGAUAACACUUUUUUUUUGUCUCAUGCAUAUAUGUAUAUAUUAAGAUUAAAUUCAUUCACUAGAGAAUAUUUUUAAAUAAAAAAUCUGCAUAUGUUUUAUAUUUCAUUUCCCAUUUGACCUAUAGAUAUUCUUAUAUUUUUACAUAUUUUGGAAUGCUUGAAAUCUGUAUCUCUCAUCACACCAAACUAUAUGUAUGGCCUCUCACAUAAUAUAUGGUAUAUAUAGGUAACACAAUAUUCCUAAUGUUACCAAACCUCUCACGUAGUGACUUUUUACUUUUCUGUAAAUAUUGACCACUUGUCUCAGACUAGGGAAAAUAUGCCAAAGUUGAUUUUUCUUUUUUUUAAAGAUUUAUUUAUUUGAUGUAUGUGAGUACACUGUAGCUGUACAGAUGGUUGUGAGCCUUCAUGUGGUUGUUGGGAAUUAAAUUUUAGGACCUCUGCUUGCUCCAGUCAGCCCUGUUCACUCAGUCCCUUCUUGCUCCUUGCUCCGUCCCAGAGAUUUAUUUAUUAUUAUUAUAUAAGUACACUGUAGCUGUCUUCUGAUGCACCAGAAGAGGGCGUCGGACCUCAUUACAGGUGGUUGUGAGCCACCAUGUGGUUGCUGGGAUUUGAACUCAGGACCUUCGGAGUUACCCACUGAGCCAUCUUGCUAGCCAAAGUUUCAAAGAAGGCUCCUAGAGCUAGAUGAUCAAUGCUUCCUCCAGUGGCUCUGUGAGAACUCUGCCCUGUAGAUUCUUCAUGCUCCCAUCAUGCCUCCCCCUGACCUUCAGCCUUACGCUGAAGAUGGAACCUGAAGUGUCUAGGUUCUAUCUUGUUAUAGUGACAGUCUGUGUCCCAAAUGUCUGGCCACACCUCUCUGGACUCCACUCAAUGCCCCUUGUCCUUUGUUCAGCUGAGUAUUGGUAGCUGCCUGGUGCUUAGGCUCUCAGGGAGCAUCUCACUGUCAUGGGGAGAGGGAUGCCUAGCUGGUGCUAGUUCAACCUGGGCUUCCUCUUGUAUCUACUUCUUCCCUGCCUGUUCCCGAAUCUCUCAAACAGUAGCGUGGUCCUCAGUGGUCAUUUUGACCUGGGUACUGUUUGGGAUGCUGGGCCCGAGGUGAGACUCCGUUAGGUGAUGUUUGGGCAGAGGUUGAAAGGUGCCCUAGUGAGUUUUGGCUGAAGAUUUUGGCGGUCAGACAUCUUUGAGCUAGGUUGGAUUUCAGGGACUCCUGAUCUGCUGACAGGCAUUCCUCAUGUCCCUGUUUUAAGAGAAGAUGGUUAGUCUGUAGUCCUUCAAGUUCCUAUAGACACUGCCUCACACCCCAUCCUGGGGAGCCCGUGGUCAGGCUGAUCACAGCAGCUGCCUUCUCUUUCCUGGCUAGCUGGGCAGGUUUGGGUGUGGUGACUCAUGUUGAGGUCACAAAAUGACAUCGGUGUGUGGGUUGUUGAUGUUCAUGGGUCCAACUUUUCAUUCCAACUUGGCCUCAAGCAGCUUUGCUUAGCAGAUCCCGAUAAUCAAGGGGCAUUCCUUGUUUCCAGUGACUGCCAAGACUCCCCACCUGCUAUGCCAUCCCCUUUCCCCUCCCCCUCCUUCUAGGAGCCAGUGAGGUAGGGAUGCUCUUGUCACCCAAUGUCCCCUCAAGUCUCCCAGGACUGUGCUUCCUGUCACCUAGUAGUCUGUGGAGACCCAGCCAAGGCUUGGGCACUUGAAUGGCUAUGUCUGUAUCCGCGCUGGGACACUGUCUAUUUUACUGUCCUAACGUAUGGGGCUUCCAAGGCUUGCUUACAGUUGUCACUGGUUGUCCUAUUUGAAGACACGAGUUCCCCAAGCUACAGAUAGACAUUGAGGCUUUUCACAUUCUUACAACCUAAAGCCAGCCGGACAUGUUUCCUGUUCCUCAGUUUGCUGAAUUCCACAAAACCUGGAUAUGUAAAGUCCUGCCCAAAGGAUGCUUUCUUCCUUGCCAUUGGCACUCUUGAGCCUCCCAGGUAAGGAUAGGUUGUCCUCAAGUGUGGUGAUACCCACCUUGCUAUGAAGGACACCAGAAGAAUUAGUUUACAGGAUCAUUUUCAUCCUCCAUGAAGGAAAUUGUUUCCAAGUUAGUUAAUGUGGCUUAUUUAUUAUAAAGGCAGUGGUUAAUAGAAUUGAGAACCUGCCUGCUCAAAAGUGACAGCAUCCCAGACCUGCCCAGAUGGCACCAUGCUGGUGCAUGCUCUGUGUGUCUGAUAGGGGCUGCUUAAUUCUGCCCUGCAGUGGAUGGUUGUAUAAAUUGCUUUUCCCCGUGGAACAACCCAAACACAUUGCUUCAUGCCCGAUAGGUCAGGCCUUCCUGGAGUAGGCUUGUACUUAGACCAGGCACAUGAUACUCAAAGUGGUGAUUCAGGAGCCAUGAUGCCCCAGGACCUGGAUCGCCCCGGGGCCCAGAAAGUUGAGCUCAGUGGAAGAGAUUGCACCCCUUCAGCUGCUGGCCCUUGAACCCCACUUAUUUCUGGAUGUCCUGUCUGAUUCUUAGUCCCCACGUGCCUGCACAUCCAUCGCUUUCUGCUUACUGGGCUGGUGCGAAUCCCCAUGGCGCCUACUGUUCCGUUCAUGUCUGCAGCUCAGUGCGCUAUCUCUGACCCCGAGUGGAAGAGGGGAAAGGUGAGGGUUAGUGGGCCUGGCUGCCCCUCCCUUGCUGAGGCAGGAAAGGUUGCCAGGCAAGCCUGUACUGAGGCUGCUUAGGAUCCUGUGGUUCCUGCUUUAGGAACGGCGGUGAUCUUAAUCGGCUAAGUCAUUUCUGUGUCUGGCUGUAUACUCCUGGAAGUUCUUAGAGAAACCUGCCAAGACAAUUUCCCCUGGUACAUCCUCAGGGCACCACUCAAGGCUGCACUGUCAGCAAGUAUCUGCUGAGACAAGUGUGUGAAUUCAUAGGUGCUCUGUAGCUCCACUCUUUUUGUAAGUGCUUCUUCCAACCCUCUAGUAACAGUGGGUACCUGCCUGAAAGGUUCUGACAGUCUUCCAAGCCUUUUAAUGUUUUUAAUCCACUAAAUAAGCUGGCAUCCUAGGCUCAGGCUGAAGGCUACAGGCUCUGUCGAAUCUCCAGCUUGAAAUUCCACCAGGUAUGGAUGGCCACCUCCGUGAAGCCCUCUUGGAGGUGCAAUUGUGUUCCCUCCUCACUAUGUAUGUAUGGGCUGUCAACUAGACAGCCUGUGCCACACCUACUAAGACCAGGCAGGGGAAGAGUGUUUCUCUUUUCCUCCGAUCUGGCUCUUGAUUGAGAAACACUAGACUGAUCAUACUUCAUCCACUUCUGAGAGGGCCAGUUUUGUCAAGUGGCUAUGUUAUUUCUUUAUGCUUCAGGAGUUUCUUUCUUUCUUUCUUUUUUCUUUUUGAGACAGUCUUAUGCUGUAUCAGAGAUCUACCUGCCUCAGUAUCCUAAAUGCUGGCUGGGAUUAAAAGUGUUUGUUUACCAUUACACCUGGAAAUUCACACACACGCACGCGCACACACACGUUUACAUAUAUAGUGUGUGUGUAUGAGAGAGACAGAGACGUAAACAUUUUGUAUUCUACCAAGCGAAUAAUUGAAAAUGGGAAGAGUUUCUCUGGCACACCAGGCAGGACAAGCCAUACUACACGGAGAUGAGCUGUUUUGAUCAUUAAUACUUGAUCCCCUCCUGUGCUCAGAGACUAAAGAAUCUUGAACACUGACUAAAGAGGAGGGAAGGUGUUAGAGGAGAUAACCCACGAGUAUAGGAGGAGAGCGAGGUGUAGGUAACUAGUGCUGCCACCGCAGGAGGAGGAUGGUCCUUUGGAUGGAGGCUCUAGACCUUUCAAAGCUGUGCAUGUCCUUCUGUUCCUGACACUCAAGAGACUAGAAUGACUACAUUAUCCUACCAUACUUGGGAUACUGGGUGCUUGGUUUGUAAGAUAGUGGUGAUACAGUGGGCAGUGAACUGCUUCUUUGCCUGUUAGCCCGGCCUCCUUGUUUUAAAUGAGGAAUGCUUUGUUAGCGACCUAGAGCAUCUUCAGAUGCUAGGAGUGGAUAGGACUGAGCAUCUUGCUGCAUGCCUUUACCCUAGCAUCCCUGAGGUAGACAGUCCCUUCCUGACCCCCGCAUUGUUAUGGUGGGGGACAUCAUGGCUGGCUGAGGGGCUCGUUAGUGACUUUAUGGCUUUUGUUAGAGUGUGGUGGUUUUUUUUAUUUGUGGUGAUACUGACCAGGUUAACUGGUGAGUUUGCGGGGAGAGGGCAGACAGGUUAAGAUUGUCGGCAAGGGUUCAUGUCUGUAAAGUGUGGCUUUCCCCUUUCUAGCAGGAGGGUGUUUUCCGUGUGUGAGCACUGUAGUUGCAUAGCAACCCCCACUGGUGGAAUUCCAUCUUCAUGGAAAAGCCACAGAGAAAGACACCUGGCCAUUCUUCCAGGCCAGAUGUUGGCUUUUUCCUCUCAUCCACAGGACUGGCUUCAGUACCCUGCCCCUGCUGCUGCUCUGCCUGCUUGAGCAGCAAGCAGGUCAGGUGCCUGCGAUGCUACCAUGUAUUUCCCCCUGCUCUACCUGGGUAAAAUGAAUGGCUUCAUCACUGUAAAUGGUUGCAAGCCGACAAAGCUGCACCUCCUGAAAAAGACGGACAGCCCAUCGCGUGAGCUGUAGAGUUUGUGGACGCAUUUCUAUCGGUAUCCGCCCCCAGAUCAUGAACGGCCCCCUGCACCCCCGCCCCCUGGUGGCACUGCUGGAUGGCAGAGACUGCACUGUGGAGAUGCCCAUCCUGAAGGACCUGGCCACUGUGGCCUUCUGUGAUGCACAGUCCACUCAGGAAAUCCAUGAGAAGGUGUUGAAUGAGGCUGUGGGUGCCAUGAUGUACCACACCAUCACCCUCACCAGGGAAGACCUGGAGAAGUUCAAGGCCCUGAGAGUGAUCGUGCGAAUCGGUAGUGGCUACGACAACGUGGACAUCAAGGCUGCUGGCGAGCUCGGGAUCGCUGUGUGCAACAUCCCAUCUGCUGCAGUGGAGGAGACAGCAGAUUCGACAGUCUGCCACAUUCUCAAUCUGUAUCGGCGGAACACAUGGCUCUACCAGGCCCUCCGAGAAGGCACUCGAGUACAGAGUGUGGAACAGAUCCGUGAGGUCGCCUCAGGAGCUGCUCGGAUCCGAGGGGAAACACUGGGCCUCAUUGGCUUUGGUCGCACAGGGCAGGCAGUUGCUGUUCGAGCCAAGGCCUUUGGAUUCAGCGUCAUAUUUUAUGACCCCUACUUACAGGAUGGGAUAGAACGAUCUCUGGGCGUGCAAAGGGUCUACACCCUGCAGGACUUGCUAUAUCAGAGCGACUGCGUCUCCUUGCACUGCAACCUGAACGAGCACAACCAUCACCUCAUCAAUGACUUCACUAUCAAGCAGAUGAGGCAAGGUGCAUUCCUUGUGAAUGCAGCCCGAGGUGGCCUGGUGGAUGAGAAAGCCUUAGCUCAGGCCCUCAAGGAGGGCAGGAUACGAGGAGCUGCCCUGGAUGUGCACGAGUCUGAGCCCUUCAGCUUCGCCCAGGGCCCAUUGAAGGAUGCUCCAAAUCUCAUCUGCACACCACACACAGCCUGGUACAGUGAACAAGCAUCACUAGAGAUGAGGGAAGCAGCAGCCACUGAGAUCCGCCGAGCAAUCACAGGUCGCAUCCCAGAAAGCUUACGAAACUGUGUCAACAAAGAAUUCUUCGUGACUUCAGCUCCUUGGUCAGUCAUUGACCAGCAAGCAAUUCACCCCGAGCUCAAUGGUGCCACAUACAGGUAUCCACCCGGCAUUGUAGGUGUGGCUCCAGGAGGGCUUCCUCCAGCGAUGGAAGGGAUCAUCCCUGGGGGCAUCCCCGUGACUCACAACCUCCCCACAGUGGCACACCCCUCCCAAGCUCCUUCCCCCAACCAGCCCACAAAACACGGGGACAAUCGAGAGCACCCCAACGAGCAAUAGCAGAGAAUGCCUGAAGCUAAUCCGAUAAACUUGGGACCAAGAGACAGUAGAAAACGGAUGAAUUUGAUGGUCUUUUAAACUGAUCCUGGACAUCACUGAUACUGCAGUGUUAAAGCUACAAAAGCUAGAAAACUGAAGAUGGUAUCUGCUUCCAGAGGUGUGGGAAGACUAGGACGUGAUUAUUAACGACCAACUUCUGUUAUUGUGUGUUAAGUUUUUCAUCUGUGCAUCAAAUCACAAAGAAUAAAUAGAGCUUUUCCUUUAUCAAUCCCCUGGGCACAGCAGGUCCUGCAGAGCUUGCUCUAGAAUGUUGCAUCAAGAGCUCCGAAUAUCAAUAAAAAGUUGAGAGGAAAUCCCCAUCAAGACUAGUCCCUUUGGUCUCCAGGGGCUGGUGCCUCUGCUGAUAGGAAGAUUAAAAUUAAGCCAAGAUGGGGAGGACAUUGUUUGCCUGUGUAGACAUCUCCACGCACAGGAUUGAAGAAGUAAAAGCUCCUAUACAGAAGGUUUCACAUCUGAGCAGCAGAGUCGGUUCAGUAAAACCCUCUGAUACAAAAAAAAAAAAAAAACAAAAAAACAAAAAAAAAAAAGGAAAAGAACAAAAGAAAAAAGUAUUAAGUUUCACAAGCUGUUUGUACUCAAAUCUAUUUUCUCAGUUUCAGAUCCUCAGCUAUUUUAUUGAGUGGAAAGUCUUGGACGAGAAGGGUUCAAGAAGAAUAAUGUUGCAUUUCCUUAUGUCUCAGGAAACACUUUUUAUGGUAACUUGUCAGAUUGUCUAUGAACAAACCCACUUUUUUAGACAUUGAUAAAUUCUUUUCUUCACGUGAUAUUUUAUACAAGAACACUUCAGAUGUGCUAUUAGAUGUGACUGAUUUUAACAAAUCCUAUUAGAUUUGUAUCAGCUAGUUACAUGUUCUAUUCAUAGUCUUUUGUGAAUCAUUGCCUUUUUGUUUUUAAAGAUGGCCUAUUUUGAGCCUUUGUAUAGGUACAUUCCUGUUUUUGUGACACAAAAGAAAAAAAAAACUUUAAACUGUCCCAAACAGAAAAAUAAUGGCUAUCAGAAAUGUUUUGUUUUAGUGUGAGUUAUCGUUACUGUAUUUGUUUAUUGUAAAGGUGGACAUUUUAGCAUUCAGUGCAGUUUUCAAUAAAGUAAUUAAAAUUUCUUUUAAGUCCUGA